AAGUGAAGAGACCAAUCAGGAAGACAAUAAAGUACAUCAAACAGAAGCUGAAUGAAAAGGGUCUGUCUGCAGAGAGAAGUCUGAACCUGCUCCACUGUCUGAACGAACUGAACGACCACAGUCUGGUUGAUAAGAUACAGGAGUACAUGAGAGAAGGACGACUCUCCAGGUUAAAUUCUCCUGCUCAGUGGUCGGCUCUGUCCUUCCUCUUACUGUCCUCAGACUCAGACCUGGAGGAGUUUGAUCUGAGGAAAUACCAGCGCUCAGAGACAGCUCUCCUGAAUCUGCUGCCGGUGGUCAGAGCCUCCACCAAAGUCCUUCUUUGUGGCUGUGGUCUGUCUCCUCACAGCUGUGCUCCUCUGGCCUCAGUCCUCAGCUCCUCCAGUCUCACACAUCUGGAUCUCACUAACAACGACCUCCAGGACUCAGGAGUGGAGCUGCUGUGUUCUGGACUGAAGAGCGCCCCCUGCAGACUGGAGACUCUCAGGCUGUCUGGAUGUCUGGUCUCAGAGAGGGGCGGGGCUGCUCUGGCCUCAGCUCUGAGCUCCGCCUCCUCCCACCUGAGAGAGUUAGACCUCAGCUACAACCAUCCAGGACCCUCAGCAGAGCUCCUGACCGCUCUACGGGACGACCCCCACUGCCCCCUGCAGUCUCUCAGGUUGGGUCCUGCUGGAGAACAGUGGAUGGUCCCAGGUCUGAGGAAGUAUUCCUGUGAGUUUUCUCUGGAUCCAAACACAGCUCACAGAAACAUCAAACUGUCUGAGGACAAACGGACAGUGAAUUUUUUGACAGAGGAGCAGCAGUAUCCAGAUCAUGAGGACAGAUUUAUAAACUGGCAUCAGGUCCUGAGCUGCACUGGCCUGAGGGGGCGCUGUUACUGGGAGGUUCAGUGGAGCGGGUGGGCUGAAAUAUCAGUGAGUUACAGAAGAAUCAGACGGAGAGGAGAGAGAGAGGAGUGUGUGUUUGGACGCAAUGAUCAGUCCUGGAGUCUGAGGGUCUGUAAUAGACUUUACUAUUUCUGUCACAACAACAGACAUACAGUCCUCUCUCCUCCUCCUUGCCCCUUCUCUCAGGUCGAGUGUCUGUGUUCCUGGACUCUGAGGCUGGAUCUCUGUCCUUCUAUGAGGUUCUCUCUGAUGGAAAACUGUUCCACCUCCACACCUCCAGCUCCUCCUUCACUGAGCCUCUGUUUCCUGGGUUUUUAGUGUUGGGGGAAGGUUCCUCUGUGUCUGUGGUGCAUCUGAAGAGGCCGCUCGCUGGUGGACCUCUGUGACUCUGUCCAUCAAUGAGUCCUAAAUCAGUAAAAAUGUUAAUAAAAAAUAAACAUAUGAGUAUGUCCCAUCUACACAACUUUAAAAAUGACAGAACAAUUAACAAAAAUGCUGAAAUAUAAAAAAGGUAAAGGAUAAAAGAGAAAUAGUUAUAAAAUAGGUGAAAUAAAAAACAGAAAUUAGAAAUAAAUUUAAGUUAGGAAAUCAUUUAAAGUUAGUAGUAUAUUACACCAUUUAAAUCCAGGCUCUAAACAGUUCUGUUUAGCUGCAUAUGACUGAAAGGUUUUCAUUCCGCACUCUUCUAAUUUAUGUACUUAGUGUCUCUCUCUCUGUCAAUUAUUAAUUUUAUGAUGAUUAUUUAUGUUUUGAUUUGUUUAUAUUGUGAUUUUAAUGUAUUUUUAUUCUGUAAAGCACUGUGAAUUGCUUUGUGUAGGAAUUGUGCUGUACAAAUAAACUUGUCUUGCCCAUA